UUAACUCUCUCGUUCGGAGGCAAUAAACUAAUAACCAUGGCGGACGAAAACACGCUGGGUGGAGAAGGUGACAACAAUUCUGCUUCGAAUGAAGCAACAGAGCAAAGAUUGCCGUCAGAGGAAGACAUCAAGAAAGCAGAAGAAUUUAAAGAAACUGCAAAUGGCUUUUUCAAAAAGGAAGACUAUAACCAGGCCGUUACAUUUUACACACAAGCUAUUGAUCUGAAUCCAAAUGUUGCUGCCUACUAUGGUAACAGAAGCUUUGCUUACCUUAGGACAGAGUGUUUUGGAUAUGCUCUACAAGAUGCUACCAAGGCACUGCAGAAAGAUCCCAAAUACCUUAAGGCAUAUUACAGACGUGCAUCAGCAAAUAUGGCCCUAGGAAAAUUCAAGUUGGCACUCAAAGACUUUGAAGCUGUUGUAAAAGUGAGACCAAAUGAUAAAGAUGCCAAGGCAAAAUACACAGAAUGUAAUAAGAUAGUGAAGAUGAAUGCCUUUGCUAAAGCUAUAGCCGUCAACGAUACCAAAUCUGUGGCAGAAAGUCUAGAUCUAGAAAGCAUGACUAUAGAAGAUGAAUACAAUGGACCAAGGCUUGAAAAUGGGAAUGUGACACUUUCUUUUGUUCAAGAGUUGAUGGACACUUUCAAAGAUCAGAAAAAACUACACCGCAAAUAUGCCUAUCAGAUAUUAUUGAAUGUAUGUAAAUCGUUCCAAGAACAGCCGUCAUUAGUAGAUAUAACAGUGCCUGAGGGAGAAAAGUUUACAGUGUGUGGGGAUAUACACGGGCAGUAUUAUGAUCUCCUAAAUAUAUUCAAACUGAACGGUCUCCCAUCUGAAUCUAAUCCAUAUUUAUUUAAUGGUGAUUUUGUAGAUAGAGGAUCAUUUUCCGUGGAAUGUAUAUUUACAUUGUUUUCUUUGAAACUUUUAUACCCAAAUCACUUUUUCAUGGCCAGAGGUAAUCAUGAAAGUUUCACAAUGAACCAGAUGUAUGGUUUUGAGGGAGAAGUGAAGGAAAAAUAUACUUCCAAAAUGGCUGAUUUAUUUACUGAAGUGUUCAACUGGUUACCACUAUCUCACUGUAUAAACAACAAAAUCCUGGUGAUGCAUGGUGGAUUGUUUAAGGAUGAAAAUGUCACAUUAGAUGAUAUAAGAAAAUAUGAUAGAAACAGACAGCCUCCUGAAGAUGGUGUGAUGUGUGAGUUACUCUGGUCAGAUCCUCAACCUCAAUGUGGGAGAUCUCAAAGUAAGCGAGGGGUCGGUACACAGUUUGGACCAGAUGUUACAAAGAGGUUUCUACAGAAGAACAAAUUAGACUAUGUGAUAAGAAGUCAUGAAGUAAAGAAUGAUGGUUAUGAAGUUGCUCAUGAUGGAAAAUGUAUAACUGUGUUUUCUGCACCAAAUUACUGUGAUACUAUGGGAAACAAAGGAGCUUUUAUAACAUUGAAGGGGGAAGAUCUCACACCAAAAUUUACUUCAUUUGAAGCUGUUGUAAGUAUAUAGAAUAUGUUCUAACAAGAGUGAUGGGGUGACAGUUUAGUAUCCCCUUGUGGCUGAGGG